AUUUCUUGAUAAGACAGUCUUCUUACCUGUUUGUUUAUCCAUCUUUAUCCACCUUUAUCCGCUGCCUGGAUUCCUCAUAACUCAAUAUAGGGGUAUAUAUAUAUAGUUAAAACAUAAUAUGGUUGGGGUUUAGCGGUAAUUGGUUAUGAAAAUCAGGCCAUAAUGUUAUUAACUAAGACAUCACAUCCUUCCCUAGUCUUGUGGAGAAAUUAUGUAAGAUAUAGUUCAAAAGUUGUUCUGUCUGUUGAUGAAGCUCUUGAAGGUAUAACUGGUAAUAUUACCUUAUUAUCGGGUGGGUUCGGGCUUAGUGGUGUUCCAGACACCAUCAUCAAUGCCAUGAAAGAAAAACCUCAUAUAAACAAUAUUACUGCUGUAUCCAAUAAUGCUGGUUUAGAAGGUAGAGGAUUGUCCCAAUUAUUAGUAACAGGUCAAAUUACGAAAAUGAUCUCAUCCUAUAUUGGUGGCAAUAGGACUUUUGAAAAAAUGUACUUGACUGGUCAAAUAGAUUUGGAAUUGACUCCCCAAGGUAAUCUUGCUGAAAGAGUUAGAGCUGGUGCAGCUGGUAUCCCCGCAUUUUAUACUCCAACUGGUGUUGGCACUUGGUUGGAAGAGGGUAAGUUACCUGUUAGAUAUAAUGAAACUGGUGAUGAAGUAUUGAAGACUAGUGUACCUCGUGAAGUUAGGGAAUUCAAUGGUAAAAAGUACUUAUUAGAACCAGCAAUUUUCGGUGAUGUAGCCAUAGUCAAGGCUUACAAGGCUGAUACUCUAGGUAAUUGUUGGUUCAGAGGUGCUUCUAGAAACUUCAACUCAGCUUUUGGUCGUAAUGCCAAAUUAACUAUUGUUGAAGCUGAACAUAUUGUUCAACCAGGUGAAAUCAGACCAGAGGAUGUACAUUUGCCAUCGCUUUAUGUUCAUAAAAUUGUUCAAUCUGUAACAACUAAAGAUAUAGAAAUUUUCAAGUAUUCUGAAGAUGGAAAUGCAACUGAAGCAUCUGAACCCACUGAAGCAGAAAUUAAACGAGAAAGAAUCGUUAGAAGAGCGGCUCAAGAAUUCAAGGAUGGUGAUAUUGCCAACUUGGGUAUUGGUAUACCAACCUUGAUUCCAAACUUUAUUGCUCCUGAAAUUGAUGUGACAUUACAGUCCGAAAAUGGUAUUUUAGGAUUGGGACCAUAUCCGAAACGUGGUGAAGAAGAUGCUGAUUUAAUUAAUGCUGGUAAAGAAACGGUCACUCUUAAGCCCGGUUCGUCAUUAUUUGGAUCAGAAGAAUCAUUUGCUAUGAUCCGUGGUGGUAAGAUAGAUUUAACUGUUUUAGGUGGUUUACAAGUUUCUAGUAAUGGUGACCUUGCUAACUGGGGUCUACCUGGUAGAGUUAAAGGUAUGGGUGGUGCGAUGGAUCUUGUCAGUAAUCCAGAGUCUACAAGAGUUGUUGUCAUUAUGGAACAUGUUGAUAAGAAAGGAAGAUCUAAGAUCUUGGAGGAAUGUAAAUUCCCUCUUACUGGUCAAAGUUGUGUAUCAAGAAUCAUUACUGACUUAGCAGUGUUUGACGUUAUUGAUGGAAAGCUAGUAUUAAUAGAAUACGACCCAUCUACUACUGUUGAAGAAAUCACUAGGAAAACGGAGGCAAAAUUUGAAGUCUCUCUGGAUUUGAAGCCUAUUACAAUCUAAGUAAUGUAUAGCUUUAAGUAUUUAGUAUUAUACCAAGAUAAAAUUUAACGUCAUAGUAAUGCAUAUAGAAUUCAUAC